UAAUAUAUCCCUUCCUCUGCUGAAUUAUUUAUUUUUAUUCCAAAAUGUAUCCGCCCCCUCCCUAACUGAUUAAUGCUACUUCCCCAAAAACACCAAAAGCAAAACUUUUAUUUUGAUAGUCGUCUCUUCAAAGUUUUUGGGGCGUUCCCACCACAAGUCUAGAGACGUGCUACGCCAUCGGAGAUCAGAAAAAAAAGCCCUGGGAUGACCCUUUUUUCCAUCUCAGGGAUUUCAUGCUCAGAUGAAAGAAUAUCCAAAAAUGUCUAAGAAUAUCCUGGCAAGUCUGUGGAUGCUGUUGCUGCUCCCCACUGAAAUCAUAGGACAAUGCACCAAACCUGCCACCAGUGAGAAUGCUGUUAUAGACGGGUCUGACAUCUUGAAGGACACUUUCGACAUAGAUUCUGCUGUUAGACUUGCGUGCCACCCUGGGUAUGAGCCAACUUCUGGAUCUCCACGGAGACUCGUCUGUGGUAAUAACAACACGUGGAGUCCAGGCCCAGAAAGAUUCACCUGCCAAAAAAAGUCCUGUGGCCACCCGGGUGAACUGGCCAAUGGGCAUUAUGAAUUCCCAAACGGAGUUGAAUUUGGGGCAGUGAUCACAGCCGUCUGCAACACUGGGCACUUCGCAAUAGGAGAAAAGCAAAGGAGUUGCUUGGGAGAUGGACAGUGGGAUGGCGGAAACUUUGUUUGUGAAGUGGUGAAAUGUGAACCACCAAAACCAAUCCCCAAUGGACAACCACGCCCCCCUGUAAAUGAAAUGUAUGAGUAUGGCCAAGCAGUGCAAUAUGUUUGUAACAGAGACAACACCAUGCUCGGAGCCAGUGACACUGUGCACUGCCUUGAAAAUGGGUCCUGGUCUGAUGUGCCUCGAUGUGCAAAGGUGGUCUGCAUCAGGCCAGACAUCCCAAAUGCUAGACGUGUCGAAGGUGGAAGCGGUCCCUAUGGUUACAAGUACACCCUCAGGUACGAGUGCAACGUGGGAUAUAAGAUGACUCCCGAUGGAGGCAAAAUGACCUGUUUGGAGCCCGGAUGGUCUUCUAUUCCGAAUUGUACAGAGGUGGAAUGUCCUAAUCCAGGUACCACAAAUGCCAUCUUCACUAAUGGGGCAGGUGGUCCCUACGGGUACAGUGCUAUCCUUACGUACCAGUGCCAAGCUGGGCACAGACUGGUUGGCAGUCCUCAAUUGAAAUGUGGUUCUGAUGGACAGUGGUCGUCCAAACCUCCCACGUGUCAAGUGGUGGAAUGUCCUAAUCCAGGUACCACAAAUGCCAUCUUCACUAAUGGGGCAGGUGGUCCCUACGAGUACGGUGCUAUCCUUACGUACAAGUGCCAAGCUGGGCACAGACUGGUUGGCAGUCCUCAGUUGAAAUGUGGAUCUGAUGGACAGUGGUCGUCCAAACCUCCCACGUGUCAAGCGGUGGAAUGUCCUAAUCCAGGUACCACCAAUGCCACCACCACUGAUGGGGCAGGUGGUCCCUACGGGUCUGGUGCUAUCCUUACGUACAGGUGCAAAGAUGGGCAAACACUGGUUGGCAGUACUCAGUUGAAAUGUGGAUCUGAUGGACAGUGGUCGUCCAAACCUCCCACGUGUAAAGUUGAUGACAGUAAUCUUCUCAACAAAAUAAUCGGUGGUGCUGCUGCUGCUGCUGCUGCUGCUGCUGCUGCUACUGUUGCGUGUGUUUUGGCAAAUCGGUAUAGGAAAAAUAAUUCCACCGAACCUGAUGAGAUUGACCCAGAGACUCAAGAGCUGAAGUCAGGGCCAGUGAGUGACACAGGAAACGGCCUUCAGUCAGCGGACAGCUCAAAAGAGACAGUCCUUGAUCCUGAGCCAGCAGCAGGUUCCUGAUGGGUGUGUGUAAAUGACAGGAGAGCAUAGCUUCUGUAUGUGUGUGUCUCCCCUGCACCCCUCUUGUGUCCCUGGGAUAGAAAGUCCAGGCCAAUGACAACUGGCUCCAUUCACAAGGUCAAGUUGACUCAUCAUCAACAUUCUAUGACCAGAGCUUGUAGCUUUUUAAUGACCUGUUGUACGUGGUCAGUAUGGAAAUCACUUGCACGACACUGGAGCUGCCAGCUUCUCCACACAGAUUUUCCUGCCUCUGAAGACCUGAUCUUCCAUUUCCUUUUACAUUUGUUGGCGUCAUUGAAGUUCAUGAAAGCCUCCUUAUAAGAUCGCCAAAUUCUGCCAGGAUGAAGUGCCUGUAAAUACAGAGCUCCCCUAGCCUGACGAUGUCAUACUCAUAAUUCUAGUCAGAAUAUGAGUCUGAUAUCGCUCCAUUGGGCUGUGAUUAUGGGGCGUGUUUCAACAGAACCAGGAG